CAACUCGACUCCGCUUGGAUCACGAAACCAAACAGCUAUAUCCUCAGUUCAACGCGUGAAUCAGUAGACAGCUUCGUCUUGAUCUCGUAUCUGCUGUCGUCUACCAAGUUACCAGUUACACCAUCAAUUACCUCCGCAAAGCGACUUUCGACGGCGCACGGUUGUCCGAUACUUCUUGCCUUUCAAUUGUUACCCACGAAUCAUCCUAAUACGACAUGUCUGCUGAGCAAUUAUCACAGCAAGUGGCUUCUAUGAACAUCUCUGAUGAAAGCAAUUGGAAGAACCAGCUAAGCCUUCCCGCAAAGGACACUCGACCGCAGACCGAGGAUGUCACCGCCACUAAGGGAAACGAGUUUGAGGACUUUUACCUCAAGCGUGAGUUGUUGAUGGGAAUUUACGAAGCUGGCUUUGAGAAGCCCUCGCCCAUUCAGGAGGAAUCCAUUCCGAUUGCGUUGACCGGCCGCGAUAUCCUUGCAAGAGCCAAGAACGGUACCGGAAAAACUGCCGCUUUCACUAUCCCAGCCCUCGAAAAGGUCAACACGAAGAGUACUAAGAUUCAAGCUCUAAUCCUCGUACCUACGCGAGAGCUCGCCCUACAAACUUCUCAAGUUUGUAAGACUUUGGGAAAGCACAUGGGUGUUAAUGUCAUGGUCACUACUGGAGGAACAACUUUGAAAGAUGAUAUUAUUCGUCUUGCCGAUCCCGUGCAUAUCCUUGUGGGUACUCCGGGUCGUAUCCUCGAUCUCGCUGGCAAAGGUGUUGCCGACUUCAGCGAAUGUCCCACUUUUAUUAUGGACGAGGCCGACAAGCUUCUUAGUCCUGAGUUCACUCCUGUCAUUGAACAACUCUUGGCGUACUUCCCGAAGGACCGUCAGGUUAUGCUCUACAGUGCCACUUUCCCACUUGUUGUGAAGAGCUUUAUGGACAAGCACCUCAACAAGCCAUACGAAAUCAACCUCAUGGAUGAGCUCACCCUCCGUGGUGUUACGCAGUACUAUGCUUUCGUCGAGGAGAAACAGAAGGUUCAUUGCUUGAACACUCUCUUCUCCAAGCUUCAGAUCAACCAAUCUAUCAUCUUCUGUAACUCGACCAACCGUGUCGAGCUUCUGGCGAAGAAAAUCACCGAGCUGGGGUACUCUUGCUUUUACUCGCACGCUAAGAUGCUUCAGAACCAUCGUAACCGCGUUUUCCACGACUUCCGCAACGGUGCCUGCCGUAACCUUGUCUGUUCCGAUCUCCUGACCCGUGGUAUCGAUAUCCAGGCUGUCAACGUUGUCAUCAAUUUCGAUUUCCCUAAGAACGCCGAGACCUACCUUCAUCGUAUCGGUCGUUCAGGUCGAUUCGGUCAUCUUGGAAUUGCCAUCAACCUCAUCAACUGGGAAGAUCGCUUCAACCUUUACAAGAUCGAACAGGAACUGGGCACGGAAAUCCAGCCUAUUCCGCCCACCAUCGACAAGCGAUUGUAUGUGGCUCCCAACGCUAUGGACACUCCUACUCAAGUUCCUCGCCCUAUGCCGCCCGCCGGCGCUCAGCAACAGCAGCAUCAGCCAACCCGUUCGCUGUACCAGCAGCCGGGUCAAUAUCAACAACGGCAACAGUACCAAAGACAGAACCAUAACUCGGCGAGAGGGCCCGGUCCUCAGAGCAACGGUGCCGCAAUGGGACGCAACCCUAGGUAUGGUCAGAACCAACCUCGGGGCAACGGAUAUCCUGUUGAGGCAGAGCCAUCCGGUAGCGUUCCAGCGCAGUAAAACAAAAAUGCGUCUGUAAAUAUGUUGAAAUUGGACGGAGAUGCGGGUUGUUGAAUGGUGGUUUGUAUGGUGCAUGUAGGUGUUUGUUUGGUGGAGAGGAGGUAGGAUCAAGGUUCCUUUGCAGGUGUCCUUGUCAUGUUUUGUUUCAUGGGUUAUCUGAAAACGCUCUUUUUGGCUGGACCGGUACUGCUGAGUCUACUCGACCGGAAGGCAGUUUGGUUGCGCUAGAUGUAGUCAAGAUUCAGACAGUGUGCGGUCACUACUGAAUUGAACAAACUAUCAGGU